UGGCGCAGCGCCGCCGCUGCGACCACACCGAGUCGGAAUUCUGAGUCGGGUGAACCCGGGUAGUUCCGGUGUCUCGCGGCCAUGAGGACAAACCCCGUGUGACGAGAACAAUUGCGAGAAAGCAUGGACGCCUCCUCUCUGCGCGACUCGACGGACACUACCGACUCGGACGACCGCAAUGGACUAAGCGACGACAGCAGCUGCGACGAGCCCUGCUCUCCGCCCGCAUGUUCGGGUUACGGCCGCGUCUCCUCCUCGACGUCGGGGUCCUCGUCGUCCCACCGCAGGCCCCGCAAGGCCACCCGGCGCAUGUUCACCAACAGGUAUGCACACGACCGCGAGCGAUGGCGACAGCAGAACGUGAACGGCGCGUUCGCCGACCUGCGCCGCCUGGUGCCCACCCACCCGCCGGACAAGAAGCUCAGCAAGAACGAGAUUCUGCGCCUGGCCAUCCGCUACAUCCGGCUGCUGAGCUCGAUACUGGACUACCAGCGACGCCGAGACCAGCAGAUUCGGUGCCCUGCCACCGCCCAUGGAGGCGUCGUGGGCAAUGGCUUGCACGGCCGAGACGCCAACCUGCUCCUGUUGUGCUCGGUGCGCGUGAAGCAGGAGCCGCCGGACGAGACGGCCAACGGACCGACGCCUCCCAGCUCGCCGGCGUCCAGUCUGAGCAGCAUGGCCGACCCGUGAACAGCGCUCUCCCGCGGGAGAGGGAACGAGAUGCGUGUACAGUUGGUUGCAUCGCGACUUGCUAGGGGUGUGCACACGUUUAGCGACGUGUCAUGCGUGUAUGAAAUGCUUUUGCAUAGAGUAAACUCUCGUUAUAACGGAGUAAUAUGGACAGAAAGAUUGACUCCGUUAUUAGAAGUAUUACGUUAAAAGCGAAUGGGCCGGAGCAAAGUUAUAGUAACGCGAGAAAAUGAAAAACUUUCGAGUAAAGCAAUAUUUCGAAUAAAGCGAAAUCGUUAUAACGAGGGUUUACUGCAAAAAUCUCGAUAGUGCGAUAGCGACAUUGUAAAUACCGUCCUACCUUAGAGACAACUUCCGUGUGGUAUACAUAAGAGCAAAUGUGCGGCAAAAUGAGCUCGUGAAAAGUUGCCUACCGUAAUGCGGCCAGCCUGUAAGCAAAGCGGCCGGCCUGUAACAAGCGCCGCCAAUCACAAGCUAGUUAUGAAACGUAUGUACGCGCCGAAAGAAUAUGACCUAGAGCAUAGCAGAUUCGAAAGAAUGACGCAGUACUGCUUGUGGUGCCAUUAUUGGGCUCACUGCGUGUGCUAAAACCACAAGCCCGUAAGGUGCCCGUAUUACUAUCGCGGAGGGGGCCGGGUUCCCGGUCGGCAUCAACGCUUUGAUGUGAUGACGUCUGUGCAAUAGAGCGUUUCAUGUAUUGUUUUUAGUUACGGACAGCUUAGAGGCCAUGCAGCACAUGUAAGUUCUUCACGGAACACUCAUCCUUCAUUAUCCUUUCACAUUCCUGAAAUGCACGGAGAAUGGAGAUAAACACGUAAUAGUAUACGUCAAGGAAUAUUUUGGUGGUUCACCUACAGCGGGUACUAUAAGUACCAUCAUCACUGCGGCGCAUAUUAACCAUACUCAGCUUGCUCUACUCAAACGAGAUGUCCACAAUGCAGCGACUUUCUUCGUAUAGAGCGGUUUUACGAGAAUUACUUGCGACGCAUCCUUUAAAAGAAAAAGAAAAAAAAAACGUGUGUAUAUGCAUCUGUCGCUAAACGCCCUUGUCAAAGCUGGCUUUCUCGCCGUACGAGGUCACGUGGGGAGAAGCCCACUUUAAUAAUUUUCAAUAAGGUUGCAGUAAGCUUCGCUAUGGGAAAACAUAAAGAUGAUAAUAAAAAACGUAGGUGCAUCAGUCGGAGGUCAAACCUGGAAUCUCUCGCUUCCGAGAAUGCCGCUCAUACAAAUUGCGCAUCGGCACAGCUCGUAGCCUACAUUCGCUAAUAGAAUCGAAUAAAUGGCGGCGCAUCGUGCAACAUGUGCCAGCUCGCCACGUGCCCAGGCGACUUCAGCGCCCACUAGCGGAGUAACCCUGUCGCAAAUGCAGUGCAGUACGCGACAUGCCAGGACAGUGCAGGUAAAGGCAGGUAAGGCUAUCGCGUUUAACGAUUUAAGUCUGGACGGCCAGGGUUUGGUCGUUGAGUUCAGGGCUGCCCAAGAGCGCAGCCCACCUAUGCUCGAUGAAGGAGGAGCCGAUGGCUUCACAUUCCCACAACACAUGAUCUAAUGUUGCCCUAAUCCCACAGGCAGGGCAGUCCGCACUGGGAUAGCUUUCAGGGUAUGUGGCAUGAAGAACCGCAAGGUUAGGAUAGGCACGAGCUUGUAAAAGUCGAAGGGUCACCGCCCGCGCCCUGCAUAAGGCGAGGUGCGGGAGGGGGAAUACCCGUCUUGACAGAUAGUAGUGUGCGGUAACCUCACUGAACGUGAGCAAGGGUUCCGCGCGGGGCAGGGGGACUGCUGAGGUGGCGCGGCCAGUGAGUCCUCGCGCGCCCUCGUUAGGGCGGUCCCUACGUGGGACUAGCCGGGUGGCGCGGGCUCUUCCCAUGCGUCUCCUCUGGACCGAAAUAAAGUUAGUUCACUCACUCACUCAUUUAAGACGCAGUCUACAUUAAAAAUAUUACCAUUGUUUUCACCUUCUCGUAUAUAUCUGAGCACCGAAGAGAUGGGGCGUCGGUAACAGUAAGAACGAGUGUACAGAGUCUUUGUUCUUAGGCCCUAACCUCAAGCGCACACAUCUGCGAUUACGGGCACACAUGUGCGAUUCACAUGUGUCCUCAGGUGCUGCCAGAGCGGCUCCGUAUAGGAGCAGAUCUUGUUUGUUUUUAAGAAAUAAAAAUAAACUUGGAGA